GUUCGUAGUAAAAGCGAGCAAAACGCCGGCAGGGUACCCGGUGACAGUUGUCAGUAUAUUGUUGAACACGGGGUGGGAUGGUGGUCUCGGGAGACGCCAGUUUUGGCGCUAACAUUUCCGAUUUCCCGCGCUCGCUCACCCACGUGUUACAACCUUAUAAUUAACUAUAUUGUUUAAUGAUUCAUAUUAAUCUACAAUAAAACAAUAUGUUACGAACUUAAUGAACUUCUGUGAUGGAUUGACAUCGUGUAGUUAUAAGAGAACAACAAUUUGAACUCAUGAUUGUGCUGUGUCACUUUGAUCGUUGUCUUCGAUUGUAUAAGAAAGCGGAUAAUCGAGUGACACAUGUUUCCGUCAUCGACGAAAGCGGCCUGGUGGCUGGCUACGUUUUUCAGUGUAUUUGUUACAGGUGAGAUGCCAAUACAAGCGGAAAUGGAGCCAGAGUUCUUGCAAGCUUUAGAAAAUCACACGGUUACACAAGGCCGCGACGUACAUUUCACUUGCGUAGUUAAUCACCUUUCAAAUUACAGGGUGGCGUGGAUCAAGUCAGAUUCUAAAGCGAUCCUAGCAAUUCAUACAAAUAUGGUGGCGCUAAAUCCUCGACUAUCUGUCACAUACAACAAUCACAAUACCUGGAAACUUCACGUCAGCAAUGUUCAGGCUAAUGAUUCGGGCACGUACAUGUGUCAAGUCAACACAGACCCAAUGAAAAGUCAGAUGGGUUAUCUCUCAGUGGUGAUACCGCCGGACAUAGUAGAUACAGUAUCGGAAGAAAGUACAGCACAGGAAGGCGGUAGUAUACGGCUGACAUGCAGUGCUACCGGCGAGCCACCACCUACAGUUCUGUGGAGACGGGACCAUAAUAGACCUAUCGUAUUUCGACAUGAUGGAGGCAGGGAGAGAAAAGUGGUAGAUAGCUACAAAGGAGAAAGCUUGGAGUUGUCUCAUGUCCAGCGGACCGACAUGGGGGCGUACUACUGCAUUGCUAGCAAUGGAAUACCGCCUACGGUUAGUCGUCGCUAUCACGUGGAAGUACAUUUUAUACCUCAAGUGAAGGUUACGAAUCAGCUAGUGGGAGCACCUCUGGGCAGCGACGUGGAGCUACAAUGUUACAUCGAAGCUUCACCCAAAGCUAUGAACUCCUGGUAUCGGGAAGAUGGGAAAUCGCUGGUGAGUGACAAACUUUUGGAGAAUCCAAAGUUGCGGAUAUUAGACAGUGUUGUGAACGAAUAUUCGCGAUGGAUGAAUUUAACAAUAAAAUCACUAGCACCGGGUGAUUAUGGGACUUAUGUUUGUGCAUCUGUCAAUGCAUUGGGCAAGAUGGAGAGUCAAGUUAGCUUGCACAAAAUAGAACUGAACAUGAACGGGUUUGGUGCUGAAGAGCCAAUGGUCUCCGGGGCAGCCUGGCAGCGCGCGCGGAACCUUCCAUCAGCUCGGGCCAGACCAGCCGCCUCACAUGCUCACCAGUAUUUUCUCACACAACAUCUCCCCCCGCAGUUGUAUGCUUUGUUACUUACAGUGUUACGAUAUGUUAAUACUAUAUAAUAUUAGUCUUAACCCGCGACACCAGCCGCGCGACAAGAAUAUACUGAUUGAUCGGGAUAAAAAAUGUCCUUCUACAUUUCAAAUAAUACGUGUAUGUUUCGAGACGAUCGGUAAAGCCGUUGAAGCGCUUUAAAAAAUAAAUAAUGAGGGCUACUUUCACGUUUAUAAUAUUAGUAAUAAUUAAAUACAUCUGUAAUUUCUCUUUAGACAAAUUAUUUUAAUAUUUAUUUUAAAAAAAUUGGGAAACAAAUGAACUAUGUAUAGUAAGGUAUGUUUUAUAUCACGUUAAUUCCCAUCUUUAGUCCCAUCCCAUAAGUCUUAUCUAGUAAAUUUAUUUGCUAAAUAAAUUAAAAAUACGAAGUUACUGAAAUAAAAAUAAUAGAUAAAUAUAAAUUCUAUUUUACUAUCUUUAUCAUUUGUUACUCAACUUUAUGCUAAUUUACUUAAUGUUUCCACGUACAAAGUUCCUGUACUAAAAUAAUGUAAUAAGAAUGAAUGAAAUAUGAUAAAAACAACACUUAAAAGAUACAAAAAAUAAUAAUUUGUCUCUAAAGAUUUUUUAUUGUGUAGCUUUAAUUCCAACUAGAUCUCAUAAUUUUUGUUAUUAAUUUUAUUUGCCACCCUAUUUAAGUGGAUAAUGUGAUAUUUUAUGUAAAAAAAUAUGUAAAUUUCAUCAUAUUAAUAAUUUGUGGUCAAAUGUAUAAAGCUUUGUGUACAAUGCAGAAUAGCCAAAUAAAGUGUUACAUUACAAAUUAAGUGCAUGGAUUUUAAUAAAGGAAAACUGAGUUACUAAUGAUAAAAUAUGAUAUUUAAUAGUGUUUGAACAUAGACUUGACCUAAUAAAAUAACUUUGAAAUGUUUAACUGACUAGAAAUAAGAUAAUUUUAAGUAGAUCUUUACUUAGAUAAAACUUUCAAAUAGUAACUACCUUUUCAAUAUUGUUUUCAACACUGUUAUCAGAAAAUUUGAAUUAGAGAUGGUCUGUUAUUUAAUUUAAUUAAUAAAUCUAAUUCAAUUUUCUGAAAACUGGAAUUAUUAUCUCGAGAUCUUGUGCUAUUACGUUACGUUGACUUUGACAAUAAAUGUGUAAUUUAUGAAUACUGAAAUAUAAAAUUGAAAUAAAUGUCCUUAAGAAACCUAAUAUACAGUUAUUUAUUGUAUUUUUAUAAAGAGGAAACAAUUUGAGGAAAAAAUAUAAUCAAUGACUAUAAAAUAUUGGGUAUUAGUGUCUAACACUUAAGUCACUAACAGUGACUUCAUCUGGGAUGAAUGGGAUUUAGACUGGAAUAAAAAGUAGCUUGUGUCCUUCUCCAUCUCAAAU